GCCUAGUAUUGCGGGUGCCCUCGGCGGCGGAACAGCGGCCGUAGCUGCUCCUGCUGCAACUCCAGCUGCAGCAGCGUUUGGUGCUAGUGCUGGCAGCGCAUCCCCACCCACACCUUCAGGGGGAAAUCGCUUGGGUGGGCUGCGUGCGUCCUUCAAGAGUUCCGUGAAGCGCCUCAAAGGUGGGACUAGUGGAUUGCAGCGAAAAAUCAUGACUCAGAGUGAUCUUUUGUGGUUGUUGGCGGAAGCGUACCAAUCCCCCCUCCUGAGCGAAGACUUUGCCAAGCCAGUCAGUCACUGGGUGGAACGCCUGGAGAGACAACGUGGGACAGCACCAAAGCUGAUACAACAUUGCCCGUUUAUAGGACAGAAAUUUGGUUGGUUUCGCGACCACGCGGAGCAAACAGAAGAGAGCGUCCGCAUAAGAUAUCAAGCGACGGCAAGCGUAACAGGAUUAUCUUGAAAUCGCUGUAGCGAACAUCACAUCACAAGUGAAACGUCGAAACCGGGUUCUUUGGUUCAGAUCCAGAGCCUGCAAGUAAAAUAAACAGUACUCAGUGUUAGUACAGUGUUGACUUUGAAAAAAUAUCUACUAAGUUGGCCCUUUAUACUUCACAUUGUUAUAAUUCACGUAUGGUGUUGUUGGAAAGACGCAGAAAUAUGAUGAAAAAGAG